AUGGGAUCGUUGAAGAACGAAGAGGAGCUGGAACAAAUCGGGGAGGAGUCAAAAGAGGCCAUAUUGUAUGUCAAUGGAAUUCGUAAAGUUUUGCCUGAUGGGUUGGCUCACUUCACCCUUCUUGAGUACCUCAGAGAUAUAGGUUUGACGGGGACAAAGCUUGGUUGUGGUGAAGGUGGUUGCGGUGCUUGCACUGUUAUGGUUUCCCAUUAUGACCAAGAACGGAAGAAAUGUUUGCACUAUGCUGUCAAUGCAUGCUUGGCUCCUUUGUAUUCUGUAGAAGGGAUGCACGUAAUUACGGUGGAAGGACUAGGGAGCCACAAACAGGGCUUGCAUCCGAUUCAAGAAUCAUUGGCAAGAUCUCAUGGCUCACAAUGUGGAUUUUGCACCCCUGGUUUUAUAAUGUCAAUGUAUGCAUUGUUAAGGUCAAGUCAGAAACCACCUAGUGAGGAGCAGAUUGAAGAAUGCCUUGCAGGAAAUUUGUGUCGAUGCACAGGUUACAGACCAAUUGUUGAGGCUUUUCGUGUCUUUGCCAAAACAAAUGAUACACCAUACAUUGAUAUAUCUUCGCUAAGCCAUGAAGGAGGUGAGUUUGUGUGCCCUUCAACUGGAAAGCCCUGUUCGUGUGGAUUGAAAAGUGAGAGUUCAUGCACCACUCUUGAAAGUGGUACUUGUGACAACGAGAGGUAUGAACCUGUCUCAUACAGUGAAAUUGAUGGAAGCUCAUACACAGACAAGGAGUUUAUUUUUCCUCCUGAGCUACUAUUGAGAAAAUCGACAUAUUUAAGUUUAACUGGUUUUAGUGGGUUAAAGUGGUUUAGACCUUUGAGACUUAAACAAGUGCUAGAGUUGAAACAAAAAUUCCCAGAUGCGAAAUUAUUGGUAGGUAAUACUGAGGUAGGAAUUGAAAUGAGGUUUAAGAAAAUUGAGUAUCGGGUAUUGAUUUCUGUUACUCAUGUAUCUGAACUCGGUAUAUUGAAAGUCAAGGAUGAUGGCAUAGAGAUAGGUUCUGCAGUAAGACUUUCUGAACUACUUAAGGUUUUAAGAAAGGUCAUAACAGAACGUGCAGUUCAUGAAACUUCAUCUUGUAAGGCCUUUGUUGAACAAUUAAAAUGGUUUGCUGGGGUGCAAAUAAGAAAUGUUGCAUGCGUGGGUGGAAAUAUAUGUACGGCCAGUCCAAUAUCAGACUUGAACCCUCUUUGGAUGGCCUCUAGAGCAAAGUUUCGAAUUAUUGAUUGCAAAGGGAACAUUAGAACGACGCUGGCAGAAAAGUUUUUCCUGGGUUAUCGUAAGGUGGAUCUGGCAAGUGGUGAAAUUUUGCUCUCUGUAUUUUUACCUUGGACUAGGCCUUUUGAGUAUGUGAAAGAAUUUAAGCAAGCUCACAGAAGGGAUGAUGAUAUAGCGAUAGUGAAUGCUGGAAUUCGUGUUCAUCUUGAGGAAAGAGGUGACAGUAGGGUUGUGUCUGAUGCAUCUAUUGUUUAUGGUGGAGUUGCUCCACUCUCUCUUUCUGCAACUAGAACAAAAGAUUUUCUCAUUGGAAAGAGUUGGAACAAGGAGCUGUUGCAGGGUGCUUUGAAAGUCCUGCAAAAAGAUGUAUUGCUCAAGGAUGAUGCUCCUGGUGGGAUGGUGGAGUUUCGUAAAUCUUUGACCCUUAGCUUUUUCUUCAAAUUUUUUCUUUGGGUUUCUCAUCAGAUGGAAGGGGAUCAUUGCAUUAAGGAGAGUGUACCAUUACCCCAUCUCUCUGCUGUACAAUCAUUUCACCGGCCACCUGUUAUUGGAACUCAAGACUAUGAAAUUACAAAACAUGGGACAGCUGUUGGGUCUCCUGAGGUUCAUUAUCAGCAAGACUUCAGUAUGUUGUAUAAUGGGCUAGAAGAAGAGACUUACUGGAUCAUGUCUAUGCAGAUAAAGUUUGAUGGGUUUGUAAAUGCUUGCAACAAGUUUGCAACUCUGUUGGCGUAG